GUGGUGGUGGUUGUUGUUGUUGUUGUUGUCGUCGGCAAAAUGGCGUCUGGUGGAGAGGCCCCGGAGUCAUGGUACCUCGCACUGCUCGGUUUCGCGGAGCACUUCCGCACCUCGAGCCCCCCAAAGAUCCGUCUUUGCGUCCACUGUCUCCAGGCGGUCUUUCAGUUUAAGCCGCCGCAGAGGGUAGAGGCGCGGACGCAUCUGCAGCUGGGAUCGGUCCUCUACCACCACACCAAGAACAGCGAACUCGCCCGCAGCCACCUGGAAAAGGCGGUGAGGAACAAUUGUCACGUCCCUCAGUUUGAAGAUGUUAAGUUUGAAGCUGCCAGUCUUCUAUCAGAACUCUAUUGCCAGCAGAACUUGGUGGAUUCGGCGAAGCCACUGCUGCGGAAGGCGAUCCAGAUCUCCCAGCAGACCCCAUACUGGCACUGUAGGCUGCUGUUCCAGCUGGCUCAACUGCACACGCUGGAGAAGGACCUGGUUUCGGCGUGUGACCUUCUCGGGGUGGGGGCGGAGUACGCCAGGGUGGUGGGCUCAGAGUACACCCGGGCGCUGUUUCUCCUGAGUAAAGGGAUGCUGCUGCUGAUGGAGCGGAAGCUGCAGGAGGUGCACCCGCUGCUCACGCUGUGCGGGCAGAUCGUGGAGAACUGGCAGGGAAACCCCAUACAGAAGGAGUCCCUGCGCGUCUUCUUCCUGGUGCUGCAGGUCACGCACUACCUGGACGCCGGGCAGGUGAAGAGCGUGAAGCCGUGUUUAAAGCAGUUGCAGCAGUGCAUUCAGACCAUCUCCACACUCCACGACGACGAGAUCCUCCCUAGCAACCCAGCCGACCUCUUCCAUUGGCUGCCCAAGGAGCACAUGUGUGUGCUGGUGUACCUGGUGACGGUCAUGCACUCCAUGCAAGCCGGCUACCUGGAGAAGGCGCAGAAGUACACGGACAAGGCCCUCAUGCAGCUGGAGAAGCUGAAGAUGCUGGACUGCAGCGCCAUCCUCUCCUCCUUCCAGGUCAUCCUGCUGGAGCACAUCAUCAUGUGCCGCCUGGUCACCGGACACAAGGCCACCGCCCUGCAGGAGAUCUCCCAGGUGUGCCAGCUGUGCCAGCAGUCGCCCAGGUUAUUCUCCAAUCACGCCGCCCAGCUGCACACUCUACUAGGUCUGUACUGCAUCUCGGUAAACUGCAUGGACAAUGCUGAGGCCCAGUUCACCACCGCCCUGAGGCUGACCACCCAUCAGGAGCUGUGGACGUUCAUCGUGACCAAUCUGGCCAGCGUCUACAUCAGAGAGGGCAACCGACACCAAGAACUCUACAGCCUCCUGGAGAGGAUAAAUCCAGACCACAACUUUCCUGUCAGCUCCCACUGUCUGCGGGCGGCGGCCUUCUACAUCCGCGGCCUCCUAUCCUUCUUCCAAGGGCGCUACAACGAGGCCAAGAGGUUCCUGCGUGAGACCCUGAAGAUGUCCAACGCGGAGGACCUGAAUCGACUGACCGCCUGCUCCCUGGUCCUGCUCGGACACAUAUUCUACGUGCUGGGGAACCACAGGGAGAGCAACAACAUGGUGGUCCCGGCCAUGCAGCUGGCCAGCAAGAUCCCCGACAUGUCUGUGCAGCUGUGGUCCUCUGCCCUGCUCAAAGACCUGAACAAGGCCUGUGGGAACACCAUGGACGCUCACGAGGCAGCCCAGAUGCACCAGAACUUCUCCCAGCAGCUCCUGCAGGACCACAUCGCCGCCUGCAGCCUCCCCGAACACAACCUCAUCAGCUGGACGGACGGCCCUCCCCCAGUGCAGUUCCAGGCCCAGAACGGCCCCACCACCAGCCUGGCCAGCCUGCUGUGAGACGGGGGCCCCUCACCGGCACCAACACUGUGACCCCCCCCCCCCCCCCAGGGCACCCCCCCACCCCUCAGGGGCCCCACGCCCAGGACCCUCAGCACAGACAACCGCUACUCUGUACAUAAUGCCUUACGCUUCCUUCUUGUACGAGGGCCCGGGGGGGGGGCAGGGGGGCGGUUACAGAGGGAGGGGGCAGGGUGGCAACGUAGGGGUGAGGGUCAUUUUCAUUUCAGUAAUUCAGUCCCAUUUUUUGGAAAUCAACUGAAACCGGAUUCACGAAUUGAAAAAUUUGUACUAAAAUUUGUCAUUAGAACACGAAUCGGCGUUUUUCACUUCAUGAGUUAAAUUUUAAAUUUAAUUUUCGGAAUUGACUCUGACUGAAAUGGAAUUGCCUCCCAGCCCCCCCCUCACCCCUCUCCAGGUUCAGGGGGUGGGGGUCUCACACAGUCACAGGCCAGUGCAACGAGAGAGGGUGUGUGUGUGUGCAUGUCUGUGUGUGUGUGUGCGUACGCGCAUGUGUGUGUGUGUAUGUGUGCAUACACGCAUGUGUGUGUGCGCGUGUGUGUGCAUGUCUGUGUGUGUGUGUGUGUGUGUGUGUGUAUGUGUGCGUAAACGCACAUGUGUGGUGUGGGGGUGUGUGUGUGUGUAUGUGCAUGUGUGUGCACGUGUGUGUGUGUGUGUGCGUACGCGCAUGUGUGCGUGCAUAUGUGAGUGUUGUGCGUACGUGCAAGUGAGUGUGUGUGAAAGCUGUAUUUCCUGCUGCCAUAACAGUUUCCGCCACCAUUGCUGCUGUCACACCCCCCAACACCCCCCCCCCCACACACACACACACACACACACAGGACUGGGGCAGUUCUCCCACCCCCCUGCCCUGUGUCUGUAUAAUGGUCGCCACAGUUACCCUUCAGUUCCCCAAACCUGGCUGUACAUAUUUAGCGGUCAGAUUUAGGGAGGUGUGGGACCCAGACAGGUAUAAGGCCCCCUGUCCUGGUCCCUCCGCACACCAUAAACAGCCUCACGUACCUAAUUUAUUUAUCCUGACCUUGUUUUCUAACUUCAUCAUGUGGGAAGGCAUUUUAGAUCUGGGUUCACUGACUAGUUUUUUUUUUUCCUUCGGUCUGACGCACGGAAAUGACACAUUUCACUAAAUUAUAUUUCUCUUUUGUACGCUCAGUGUUUUAACAGCACCGCCGGUUAUUUUGGGAAAGAUUUAAGCAAACCUAUUGUAGCAGAACUUGUAAAUAAGAUUAGUAGAGAAAAGGGGUGAGUCAGCUGGAUGCCCUGGCGCAGGUCAGGCGGUAAACCCACAGGGUGCGAGACAUAACGUUCCUCGGACGAUCCAGUGCAAGAUUUUAGACGCGGUAAAAAUGAAAUGUCUGUUUCCUUUUUCCUGUUUUAUAUUUAUAUGGGUUUAACCGUUUAGCAGUUUUUAAUGCCAAACCGUCUGUUCACCCCAUUCACCAAAUGCAGUUCCUUGUAUGACCAGCAGUGGUCACUGUUGGGCAUUUGAAGAGCUGGUCCGUGUGACCAUGAAAAGCCUUUUUUUUGUAAUAUUCUACGUAACUUUGUAACUAAUGGUAGGCAUUUUUGACUCCUAUCAAGUCUGUAAUAAACUUUUCCAGAAUAUCAUAACUAUCUUCAUUUUGUCAUAAUUUUAUCUGAAACAUUGUAUUUUUUGUAUUAUGUGGUAUAAUGCAGGUUCCUAUUUUAUUAGCUGUACAGAUCGUGUUUGAGCAAUAUUUUUGUUUCUAAAGAUAUACACUUUUUUGUUGCUUGAUUCUGAAGUUUGAACAAAGGAGUUCAAAAUGUACAUGUAAAGUGAAUAUUUGUAUACCACAGUUAACAAUAUUAUAUUAAUCAUUUUUCAUUUGCAAAUACUUCAGAAAGUUUAGUUUGUAUAAAUAUUGGGGGGGGAGGGGGGACAUUGAAAAUGUUGUGUACCAUUUUAGUUUUUCUUCCUACUUAGAGCAUUUGUUGUAUAGUGACAUUUACUAUGAUGAAGUAAUGAAACAGUUAAAUGUCAGGUAUGUAAUGUUUAUUUGACGGUCACACGUAGACAAAUAAUAGAGUUGUGAAUGCCACAACUCUGUGUUUAUAUUGAAAGUUUGCAUUACACAAGAAUACAGAAAUGUGGCCCAGCGCCUGUCUUUUUAAAUGCUGGCAUCUCAGUUCUUUUUUUCCGCAAAAUAUCAGAAUUUUCAAAUAAACGUUGAGAAGAAACAA